AUGAAGAACGGGCGAGCACAGUGCGUCUAUCCAGCACAGAUAAAGAUCUACCUGGAGAUGGGAGUAAAAACUUUCCCUACCCUGAUGGAUGCUGCACUACCGCUGCGGGACCUGGGAAUCAAAGUUCGAGUGGAUGAACGAGACCGACAUCUUUCUCAAAGUCUCGGCCUGUCACAUGCUCCUCUAAACAUGAAUCACUAUGCUAAUAAGAAGAGUGCGGCGGAGAGCAUGCUGGAUGUGGCUCUGCUAAUGGCUAACGCCUCGCAGCUGAAGGCCGUGCUGGGGCAGGGGCCCCAAAACACCCUGUACACGUCCCUGAUCACGCUCAUCAGCCUGUCGCUCUGUCUGCAAGUGUUAGUGGGCAUCCUGCUCAUCUUCACAGUGAAGUGGAACCUGAAUGACGAGCAGAAACAUCUCAGGCUGAACAUCUUAGAGAACAUCACCACAGGCUGCAUCUUCAUCAUAGUUGUCAUCAAUGUCUUCAUCACUGCGUUUGGAGUUCAGCGGCCCAAUGCAGGCGUGUGA